UCAGUCAUCCUUCUUCCAAGAGAGAGCAAUGGCAUUGCUGGGCGACGACGGGCGAGGUUUUGAGCUCGCUCGAAAACUCGAAAGCUGCGGUGUCUGGCGCUCGUGGCUCGGCGAUGCUCUCUACUCCAACUUCGUCCAAUACCUCUCUUCACCCAACACAUGGGAAUCCUUCAUGAGAAGCGACGAUUCCAAAUCUAGGGCUCAGAUUCAACUGCAGCUUAGGGCUCGAGCCCUCUUGUUCGAUAAAGCUAGCGUCUCUCUCUUCCUCCGCUCACCAUCUACCCUGACUUCUUCGUUUCCUGUUUCCAAGCUCAAUCCCUCUUAUUUGCAGUUGCACGGGGAUGACGUGUACUUCACUCUAGAACAAGAUGUGGUUCAACAGCGAGAAGGCGUUGUUGCGUCCAAUACGGCGCCAUCUAAGAUUCAACCUAAAGCUGCCUUUAGUGUUGGAACCAGAUAUGCUGAAUCUGAAAUUGAUAAUAUAUCCCAGAGAUUUAGGCAUGAAGAAUUUCCGGAAACAUGGUAUAAUCUAUUUAUUGAGAAGUAUAAAGCUAGCAGACCAUAUAAGUUAUCAGUUGGGGAACGCGAGUCAGACAAACGUACGCCUAGGGACAUGUCUGCUUAUAUUAAGCUUCUUGAGAAGCAUAAGAAAAGGCGAGUAGCAUUCAAGGAAGAUCAGCACAUGGGGUUUGGUAAUCCCAUUGUAGAAAAUAAAUCAAGCAUGUAUCCAAGUUCUGUUUUAGAUGGAAAGAACUCGGUUGAUGAUGACACAUAUUUUUUCCCAGAAACAAUGUUUACAUUGAACUGUGUACCUGAUAGUGCACUUCUGCCCAUAAAUAGAGUAGAAGACAAUCAGAAAGUGGAGUUUUAUGGAGUUCUUGAUACCUUACCGCAGGUUAUGACCAGGAGUCCUAUUAUGAUUGAGAGGCUUGGGAUUAGGCCUGAGUACCAUAGUAUGGAACAGGGAGGAAGUCAAUAUCGUAAUAAAAAUGGUACUGAGGGGAAUAGGAAACUUCUUGGUCAAGAGCAAGCAUUACAAAUGUCUCAAAAGGUAAUUGCCCGUAUGCUGACAAAAAUGGGCUUUGAAGUUGCCACAGAAGUUCCGAUGGAAGUCUUAUCUCAGUUGCUCAGCUGUCAUAUCUGUAAACUAGGUCGCAUCUUGAAAGUUCUCUCUGAUAAUUACAGAAAGCAGUGUUCAGCUACUGAGCUGCUUAAGAUGUUCCUUCAAACAACAGGAUAUAGUAAUUUUAUGGCUUUAGUGGAGCAUGUUAAGGACGGCACCUCAAAUUUUGUACAGCAAACGCAACAAGUACCGGGAAUCCAGCCACAAUUGCAGCCACAGCACCAGAGUCUCCUUCGGCAACCUCAACAUGUGAAUCAACAGAUGCCAAGACAAAUGCAUCCCCAGAUGCAGCAGAUGGUUCAUUCCCAAAAUCUGGCUUUUCAGCAACAGCAGCAGUGGGAAAGAAUGCGAAGACGCCAACCAGCCACUCCUCGCCCUGGUAUGGAUAUGGACAAGGACAAGCCUUUGGUACAAGUAAAGCUUGAGAAUCCUUCAGAACUACCACUAGAUAGUAAUGCCUAUAACAACAUCAAUACCAGGCAAAUACAGUUCCGGCAGCAGCAAAUUGCUGCAAUGUCAAAUCUCCAUGCUCAACCUGGCAACCAGUUUAGACAACUGGCUUCCCUUCAAAUUCCUCAAAUCCAGACACAGAACAUGAGCAUGGUUAGGGCUCCACCGGUUAAGGUUGAGGGCUUCCAGGAAUUGAUGGGUGGGGAUGCUACAAUGAAGCAUGAUUCUGAGGAAAAUAAGCUUACCUCUCCUUCAAAGUAAGUUACACAUUUGCAUGGGGUGGAUCCCAUUUUGGCACUCCGAUAUUUUUCCAUCUUUUGUUGUUAUGAACAACUUUUGUUUCUUUAUUUAUUCAUCUGUAUAUUUUAUAGCUAUAAAAAAUCAUGCAUGUAUAGUCAGAAUGAUGGAGUGUUUAUAACUGAAUUUCCAUAAUGCUUCAUUUAAUUGAUUUUUCUUUGCCUUA